AUGUCUGCGUGCGACUCAAGCCUACUGAGCGCGCCUCCGGCGCCGCUGCCCGUCUCAGCAGUGGCAGGUCCCAGCAAGAAGCGGCGACUUGAGGCACCUGAGGGCAGCACAAGCCCAAUGAAAAAGGAAGCGAAGAAGUUGAAGAAGGAAGAGAAGACGCAUCACCACAAGGAGCAAAAGAAGGGCAAGGAAAAGUCGCACAAGAAGAAGGAUAAGCCCGCCAAGUCGGACGGGAGAGAGGAAGUCCUUGACGCAGGGAAAAGGAAGAGGAUCCCUGCACCUAUUGCUCUUUCUGACAACAGUGAUAAAGAAGAACUCUCGCCUCCACCGUCCGACUCCGGUGGCAGCACUGCCGAAUCUGAUCGCGAGCAAGAGCUGACAAGAUGGACGAAGUCAGAGCGGGAGCAGUGGAAGAAGCCAUUGCCUGACCCCACUAAAGGCACGACACCGGAUGGUUCAUAUGAAACGGAACGUAUUCUCAGGUGGCGCAGGCGUCCCAGGACAGGUUGGAUCCAGUAUCGUAUGCAGUGGACCAAAAAGGUACGUGCGAUCUGGACACCCUUCAGGCGUAUGCGCGCAUGAUCGUGACUCAAGUUUGUCGCCUGCUCUGGUUCCGCCAUGCGUCCUUCCUGCCACGCAGGCUUUCGGACACGAGAGCAAUACCUGGGAGCCAGAGGGAAACAUUGCGGGUAGUGAUAUUGACGAAUUCUGGGCUAAGGCUGGCCCUAGGCCGCCGGAUCUUCCACCACUGCCUCGAGAUGAAGAUGGCGAUCCCAUAGGCCCCGAUGAGCACAAUAUCCCAAAUGCCACAGAUGAGGAGUUGGAGAGCCCCGACCCCGCCACUCGACGUGCAGCUCGUCGGAAACGUCGGCGCGAUUGGCGUGUUGAUGUCUUCUGGGAACGCCACUGGCAGCGCGCAGAUUCAAAAGCAAGAGCGGCACAGAAGAAGCAGCUAGAGCAGGAAGCCGAAAAACGCCGCCUUCAAAAGGUAAAGAAGGACAGUCUGGCGAAGCAACGGCUCAAAAAUCAGGCUUUGAGCGUACCCUACGGAAAUGCGGACGCAGGGGCACAAGAAAAGGCUGAUCGCGAAGCCGCCAUCGCGAAGCGCAAGACUGCUGCUGCAUCUGCACCCACUGCUGCAAACACAAGUCUAGCCAACGGCGGCGGACAUGUCAAGCCGCAAGGCUCCGCUCCCCCGAGAAUUACUCAACCCUUGGCCAGCAAGAACUCAGCAGCUACAACUUCUGCCUUACCGUCUGGGACUGCCAACGCGGCACCUCGCCCGAUAUCCAAGGCUACCCCGCCGCCACCUGGACGGACUGAAGAUCGCGCAACGCGCCUUCCGGGUAUCAGCCAGGAGAAGCGCCCCGACAAAGGCUCAUGGAAGGGUGCACACAAAAGCGAGAAGCGAGGUGUCGUUGAUAUGGUGAGCAAAUGGCUGCAUACCAAUGCAGCUGGACGUCGUUCUCAGCACUGACUCGACAUGUACGUCCGCGUACACAGUCCACCCAUCCUCAGCCAGCGCCCAUGAAAGCCUUUUCAGGUAUUUUCACACAGCGACCCGCUACUGCGCCGCGCAAUGCCAGUGUGAGUCACGGUCUGGUCUGACUUGAGAUGGAAUGUUAUCAUACUCACCCGGAAAUCAUCUGGCUUCGUCGCAAAAAGGCGAGCGCAAUCUUGACUACGCCGCCUGUCACAGCCACGUCAAGGCAGGCAAGCGAUCUAGUCAGCUCGGCACCCUCGGACCUCGCCGCAGCAGGUCCUCAGCCGCAAAGUACAGCUACUUUCGCCACGUCGACGAAUCGCACACCUCUUGGCAACUCACCAUCUUCUCCUGAUACUGUGGUCCCACCUUUAGGUCCCGCCAAGUGGAGAGCCCCUGCGCUUGCGCGGGAUAGUGGCGCAGCCAGUCAUCCCGUCCAGUCCGCUCCACCUGCAAGUGCUGCUGCUCAGACUGCACAGCCCACACCCGCACCUGCGCCUGCACUCGCGCCCGCUGCCACUACCGGCGCCCUUGCUGAGCCGUCUCGCCCUGUGCUGAAGUCGGCCUUGAAGCGCCCAGGCGAGCCUACCCAGCAGUCUGAGGCACCACAGCGCCAAACUCAAAAAGCUGGUGUGACUUUCCCGCCCAGUCCUGAGUCUGGCGACGUACGGAAGAGAGGUUUGCAAAGGGCCUCUACCCCCGGCGCAGCAGACGCUGAUAACAGGCGUCUCCCGCCAACAGAGAGUCCUGCAAGCCCCACUGCGCCGCCUCCAUACCAGCCUCCUCCACCACCUCUAUCUCCGGGCCACGACGCACCGGUCUACGGUUUGACAACGCGACCGGAUCGACCGACGAGCUCUGACACCUCUGCCAAUGCAAAUUCUCAUCCUGCCUUGGACGAUGGCGCUAGGCAGUACGCGGGCCUCACCGCCAACGGAGGCGCGACGUUGCAGUACGUGAUGCCACCUGUGGCCCCGAAGAGCUGGGAUGCGCAUGAUCCAGCAGCGCCCUGGGCGCCACGGCCUUAUCAUCCUAUCCAGAGGUAUUCGGCAUGCGGUAACGAUCGCAAUCUCCCCCUGCGACCCCAAGAGGCCGGCAUCCGCCAUUACGAACGACCAGCUCUCCCUCACAAUGGCCAAACGACACCGAUGCACCGGCCUCAGAUUCAGUCGCCUUUGGGUGGCUUCGGCGAGAGUACAUUUGCAUCUACGCCAUUGCGCAGAGAUGUCGCGGACGGUGAUCUCGAACGGCUGAGCGACAGGUCUCUGGACUCGGGAAGAUCCGAUCUGGACCGGCAACAGCAUCCUCGGCCCCAGCGCCAGGCGCAUCAUGACGAACGAGCUGCUGACUCAUAUAAAGCGCAAAUCCAGAGGUGGGACCCAGGGGAAAAAUUAGUGAGCCGAAUAACACGCUCGUACAAUUGGGCAAUGCCUGGAUCUCCGCCAGAGCUGCUUGGUGCCUUGGCAUGGCUGUGCAAGUCCAAACAGGCCGUAUACAAUCCUCCAGAUAGGAUGCCAUCGGUUGGAAAAUGGAUGGUGCCGAAUGAAGCAGGCGAGUACCGGAAAAUGGUAGUCUUCGUGCCCGAUCCUUCGAUCAAGCUUCCAAAAGACAUCGCUGCAGCGAAAGGAAUGCAGCACGUCUACUUUUAUCACCUCACUGCGCGCGCGAUUACGCAAAUCUGGGACCUGCCCAUCGAGGGACCCGGCGGUUACGCGGUGCCUUCAUUGAGUGCAUACGUCGAUUACUUUUCGGGGGCCGACAAUGCGCCUGUUUUUCAGUCAAGGCUCGGUGAGAGUCUCAUGUUCCAUCCUUGGCAUGCGCAGACAGUUAGCGCUUUCAUCGAAGCAGGUUGUGCUGAGCAGCUUCUGCAAGAGCUGCUGGGUCUCGACGAGCCGGACGCCUUGGAUCGCACCGCCAACCUUCACGACGCGAUCAGCAAUUCAGAUAUGCCACUCAUCGACCUCGAGAACUCGGAGAGAGCUGUCUUGCCUCGCUCGAACAUGGCAGAGCUCCCGCCUGCGGAAGCAGCGCGACUUGUGGACGACGAGGUGGUGGAGGCACUGCUUCACCUUCAGAAGACACAAGUGCAUGUGCGCAUGCACGUCAUGAUUCUCGGCCUUGCUAGCCAUAUUUCGAACGACGCUGGCAUCACGGUUAGAUUGAACUUUACAGAUUAGAACAUUGCUCGGGUACGUCGUCUGUGCGAAAUUUGUUGUGUUUGCUAAUCGUCGCGCACGCAGAUCUGACGCCCGCUUUUCCGCCAGUCUAGGUACCUGGAGCUGGAAAGUGGGCUACCCUUCAGAGAGGGGCUUUGUUCAAAGAAGACAAGUCUCAACAGCUGCACUUGGGUGGAAAUCUUGGGCCAAGGACUUCAGCCUUGCCAGCUUAA